AUGGAUGACGAAGGCUCCUCAGACUCCAACUUUCAGAUUAGCAAUCCACCAACCCCUCGUAGUAUGGAUUUGGAGAACAGUAUUGUCAUGGGACUGAACAUCCAGAACAACAGCUUCCUCCCUGCACAGAAUGUGGGUCGAACUCAGCCUUCUCAGUCCAAGUAUGCUCAGCUGCUGGCUGUCAUUGAGGAGCUUGGAAAAGACAUUCGCCCUACGUAUGCUGGUAGUUUACGGGAUAUAUUUGUCUGUGGUACAUAUCAAUUAGAAGAGAUUGGGAAUGGAAGCCAACGUGUGGGACUCCUCCACCUCCUUGCAUAUUUUCAGGAAGAUCAAACUCUGAGAAUCUUGCAGACACUGAAGAAUGUACCAGGAAUUCUAGAUGCAAAAUGGUGCUCUGACAGGAUUCAUAAUAGAGUUGUUCUGGCAAUAGCCAAUGCUUCAGGUUAUGUUUGUAUUUAUGAAUUACAACAAGGGAAGAAACUAGUGAAGUUGGAGGAGAGAAGUCUGGAAGGCAUUGCCUUAUCUUUGGAUUGGUCAAGAGUGAACAAGCUAGAUCCUCUCCUGGCCGUAAGUGUGUCUGUGGGAAAAGUGUUUAUAUUUGAACUGACACAUGUUGAGCUAGUUCUCAGGGCUUCUCUUCCAGUAUCUGGCUUUGAGACUUGGGUGUGUGGAUUUGACUAUUGGAACUCCAGCAUUGUAUAUGCAGGUGUCCUCACUCCAUCUAUCAAGUAUGAUCAGCACAAGAGUUUGGCUUAUGGUAUUGAUUGGUGUCUUGCCACCAAGAAUGUACUGGCAUCAUGUUCAUUCUAUGAUCAUCAUUUGAGUGUCUGGACCUUUAACAAAGAAAUGAUCAUGUGA